CACACGCACAAACAAUGCUCGCGCCUCUCCUAGGUUACAUUAUAAUAUUGGGGAAAUGCGUGACGUCACAGCUUACAAAUAACGUGCACACGCGAAGACGCACGGGCGCUUUGGCGGUAAUUGAUCUUUACGCCGGUGUGACAGUGUGUGACUUGCACUGAUCGAGCUGCAUCAUGGAGAGUUCUAGGCUCAUCAAGGUGUGCGCCGGGGUCGCUAUAGCUUUCACCGCAACCGUCCUGAUACACAUGCGAGACCCGUCCGACGUGCUGGACAGCGGUUACGGUUACCCCGAGCUGUGGCGGAAAACCGGCCUGGCUGGAGCUCCGGCGCGCGCUGCGGCGUGCAUCGUAGCGGGCACUCUGCUUCUGGCAGCUGGCUGGCUUUACCGUCUCCUGUUCGCGCCUCUGGAACUCCUGCGGAAUCCGGACGAUGUUGGAUACGUGGCUGAAGACGGGCGCUCACGAGCCCGCGCUGCCAACGAGGUGCGGCGGAGGCGCAAGACCGGAGAACUGCCUCCAGUUUACCCGAACGGCUGGUACCGGAUCCUGGAUUCGCACAUGCUGGAGCGGGGAGACGUCAAGAGCGUUACCGUUUUGGGUGAGCAGGUGGCUGUGUUCCGUGCUCAGAAUGGGAAGGUCCAUGUGGUGGAUGCCUACUGCCCUCACCUAGGGGCCAACCUGGCUGUAGGGGGCCGAGUGGUGGGCAACUGUAUAGAAUGUCCCUUCCACGGGUGGCAGUUUCGAGGAGAGGAUGGAAAGUGUGUCAGGAUUCCAUACGCUGAAAAGGUGCCGGAGUUUGCUAAGGUUCGCUGCUGGCUGAGCUGUGAGAUUAACGAGCAGAUCUUGGUUUGGUUCCACUGUGACGGAGAGGAACCAAGCUGGACAGUUCCAGAGCAGAAGGAGAUCACCAAUCAGGAGUGGGUUUACCGAGGACGCACAGAGCACUUCAUCAAUGCUCACAUAGAGGAGAUACCAGAGAACGCUGCAGACAUCGCUCACCUCGCUCACCUACACACACCGGGUAUCGUGAGUGGCGUGGAUCUGCGUUACACCAACAGUAAGACCUGGGAGUUCAUCCGCCAUGACUGGAAGGUGGAAUGGAAUCCAGAGCCAGAGCCUAAUAAGCACUGUUCUCAGAUGUUAGUGAAGCAUGCUCUGACUGUAUUUGGACGUCACUGGCCUCUCUUGGACGUGAAUGUAGUGGCCAGACAGGUCGGUCCAGGUGUAGUGUUCCUGCUGUUUAAUCACAAAUUCCUGGGUCAUGGUGUGAUCUUACACUGUGUGACCCCGGUGGAGCCACUGCUGCAGUGUGUGUCGCACUCCAUCUUCUACCAGAGCAACAUUCCUCCACUGGUGCCAAAAUUUAUCCUUCGAGCAGAGUGUAUACAGUUUGAGCGAGACGUGAUGAUCUGGAACAAUAAGAAGUAUAUUUCUAAACCAGUGCUGGUGAAAGAGGACUCGGCCAUCCAGAAACACCGGCGCUGGUACAGUCAGUUCUACAGCGAGAACAGCCCACGUCUGCGCUUCCAAAACGACACAAUGGACUUCUAAUCAAACACAUGGACCGGACUCAAGAUGUUAUGCAGCUGUUCAAUCACGGAUCCUUGUAAUGGUCCUUCCCAGACCUGAAACACAUCGAGAUGAGCCGAUGAUCUUAAAAUAUUCGAAUGUUCCUCAAUCAGAACAGAACAUCUCAAAAACCCAAGAGGACGCCAUAAUGGUAGCAGAUUAUUUCCUUCCAGUUUUUAAGGACCGUUAAGUCCUCGUUGAAGUGCCUGAAAGGACCGUGAAUCAUUAAUACAAGUGCUAACUUUUUCUUGCACUGUGAGAAUCACUGUAGCUCGACUUUAUUGCAUAUCGCAUUGUAAUCAGGGGAAUUUAACACAUCACAACACAUCGCACACUGAAGAGCUCUUCCAUCUAAUGCAAGCAAUAACAGCUGACGGGCCAGAAGACGAACCGAAGCCAGAAGACUCAAUCAUUUCUACACUGUGAAUUACAAGGACGUCCUCUUGGUAUUACUAAAAUACAGGGCUUGAAUUGGUGCAGCAAUCUCCGUAAAUACAUACAGCCGCAUUGAUGUGUGUAUCAUGAAGGAUUCUAUACACGCCUCACUGCAUCGUAAAGCCUGAUACAGCUAUCUCAUUCUUAAUUAAUAGUAAGCUGUUAUUUAGAAAUAAUAUCAAAGGAGGCGUGGUCUCGGUGCCUGUCUGAACCAUAGUAUUUAAAAUCGCCGGCUUUAAUAAUACCCACGAUAUAUAUUGUAUAAUUAAGCAUGAGUCAACUUGGAUGUUAUCUCAGAACGGAAAAUGUACAAUGCUCACAGUUUCUCAUAAAGUAAAGAACAACAUUUAUCCGUUUAUAGAUUAUAACGUUAAACCACAAAGCCCUGAAGACUCUGUUAGAAAACCUCCACAUUUUUAAAGCACUGACGCUGGAGAAUCCUUCCAAAAAUACUACAGAAAACCUAAUGCAUUUAUAUAUAAAUCUGUGAUCUGACUUGCAUCUGGUACAAAUAAAUAAUAAAUGAUCGCUAUAUAUUUUAAAUAUAAAUAUUUAUAAACACUUAAAUAUGUAUUACUGUACACUGUAGCUACAUAGCAUUCAGGACAUAAAGGUUUAAAGCCAAUAGAAUCCGGUAUACAGUUUGAGUGUUUGAGUUUUCAGUGUGUUGAAUGACUUCAUUACAAUAUGCCAGAGCAUGCACUAAAAGCGUGCAGUGUUUGAUAAAGCUAGAUAACUACUGAACUGUUAUCUAACCAUUUUUUUUUAAAAAGCUAACAGUGGUGUUUGUCCUUGUGCGCAGCCAGACUACUUGCUGUUGCUCAUUUGCCCUGUUUGCAACAAAGAGAGAAAUAAUUUUGCCCAUUAUUUUUGUACAUGGGAUAUGGCUGAUACCUCAAACUAGCAUUUCUACACUAUUCUCUACACUAAAUGGAAAUACUGUAUGUUUGCUUUAAAUAUUCUCACUCACUCACUCAUUUUCUACCGCUUAUCCGAACUACCUCGGGUCACGGGGAGCCUGUGCCAAUUUCAGGCGUCAUCGGGCGUCAAGGCAGGAUACACCCUGGACGGAGUGCCAACCCAUCGCAGGGCACACACACACUCUCAUUCACUCACGCAAUCACACACUACGGACAAUUUUCCAGAGAUGCCAAUCAAUGCCAUGCAUGUCUUUGGACCGGGGGGGAGGAAACCGGAGUACCCGGAGGAAACCCCCGAGGCACGGGGAGAACAUGCAAACUCCACACACACAAGGCGGAGGCGGGAAUCGAACCCCCAACCCUGGAGGUGUGAGGCGAACGUGCUAACCACUAAGCCACCGUGCCACCCUGCUUUAAAUAUUGUUUUAUGGUAUUCAUGGCUUACAGAAAUCACUGACAGUCACUGACGGUAUUAAAUCAACUGGUCUUAGACGUAUAAGCUCGCUACCACAGUAUGGUCGAAUCCACGAUUCUGAUUGGUUGGUGCGUAUUAAGUUAUUUUCUAUAACCGCUGCUCUGACAACUGAAAAAUAUAAAUCGCAGGAUUUUAUUAACACAUUUGUUUAAAUAUAUGAUCAUUUCUGUAGUAAAAUGACGUAUACUAUUCUGAUAUGAUUUGUUUUCUGUAAGGAGCCGUUUAUAAGACAUUGAUGGAAGGAGUCUCCAGUACAAGUCAUUACAUUUCCAAUAUUAAAACUAGUUUAUAACUGCUAUCAUUUAAACGACGACGUGACUUGACAUUAAAUGUAAAUAUAAAUGGAUAAAAAACAUUAAAAAUGAUAAAUGCGGUUAUUAGAAAACAAUCACACAAUGAUGUUAUAUCUUUUUAUAUAUAAAUAUCUUGUUUCUUAAUGUUAGAAUUGUCUUAAUGAACUCUUGUGAUUAGACGUUCUUCGUUAUUCCACAAAGCUUUAUGUAUUGUUGCACAUGCCGUAACUGUACCGUACGUCUGCUCGCACACACUGUAGUCUUCAUUUCAGAACGUUCUUCGUGGUAAAAAUCAAUAUGAAAUCAGUCACGUAUAAUUUUACGGCUGUUCCCGUUAGGAUCGUGUGUACUGGAUGGAGGGAAAAAAUCUUAUUUCACAAGUUAAUGACCCAUUAGUAAUGUCUUUCAGCGGCUGUUAUAACAAAUCUCUUGUCAUGAAUCCCAGACAGUGAGCAGGUUUGUUUGGUAACAACAAUGUUACAUCUCAGCCUGUGUCCUGACACUAAAUGGUGUUAAUAUCUUAUGUUACAACAAGAUGAGCCCAUUAUGAUAAGUGCCAUGUGCUGCGUCUGAGGCUCUGAAUACAUUUCAAAUGUCAUUCAACUAGAACAAGAGAGAGAAAGAGAGAGAGGGAAAGAGAGAGAGAGAGAGAGAGGUGCAUGAUUGGUUAUUGUCCUGAGCAUUGUCAGCAUGCAGAUGUUGCCUGAUGAAAUUAGCUUCUGUAGAGCAGAAGUAUCAGCUAAAGUGCAUUAAGGGAUCCUUUGCUUACACACCUGACUGCACGACAUGACUCUCUCUGUCUCUCUCUCUCUUUCGCUCUCUCUUUCUCACUCACUCACUCACUCUUUAUCCAUCUCUUGCUAUUUGUGUGCUCUGCGUCUAUGCAGCCAACACAUUGAGCCUGAGAACUGCAGCGCCGCAGGCGAGCGAAACAGUGUUCGUUCUUAUUGCCUUGUCAUCUUGAUUGAUUUAUAUAAAUCUAUUUUGUGUUGUUUUGAGGUGAAUCAAACAGGUUU